AUGAAGAUACACGCAAGUCUCGAUCCUGCGAAACGCUUGACUGAGGCUGGAGCGGACAUGAAUAUCCGGCUGGAAAGGGAGCGCCUUGCUACUGCUCUGCAGGCUGCUCGAUCUGCUGUCACUGAGGAAGAUAUCGAGAGGUUCAAAACACUUUGUUCCACGGAUGAUCGUGUGGCUGAGGAGGUCGACGAACAAGCCGAGGACAGACGCUUCCAAUCAAAUAGUGCUAAGUACAAUUAUCUCCUAUACUACAUAGCCAUCAUUGAAGAGAGACACGAGUAUCUACUAUAA